GGAUAAAUUUCUUAAUUAUUAUUAAACGAUUGACUAAAAUAAAUAAUUUUUUAAGGUUUAAAAAUAUUUUAUAAAAGGCGAUCAAGACGUAGACAAAAAAUUCAUACAGUAUAAUCAUAAAAUGCACAGAUGUUUGUUUAAAUGUAUGUGAUUUUAAUAUUUUCGUAGAGAGAAGAAAAACCCCAAAUUAAAAAAAAAAACAUUUCUAGAGGAAAUCACCUACAAUCACCAUAAAUCCGAAGUGCAGCAAAGUUAGCAAUGCUUAGGGAAGUUUUGAUCAGUUUUGUAUUGCUGUCACUCUCCACGCAAAGAUGUUGUGUUUAUAGCGGUGGAACACCUGGUGAGGCAGUUAUUCCCAACCGUUAUAAUUCGCAUAUACACGCCUCCGCUGACGGUGGAGGUGGUGGUGGUGGCAAAAUACCACACUUAGGAACGCAUUCAUAUCAUCAGCAUCAGUAUUCAACGCACAGCGGCAGUCCGCAUGUUUCAGCAUCUUCUUCUGUAAUACCCGGUAGCGGUCAUAUUGAAUCAAAAAACUCGUAUAAUUUAUUAAGCGAAGCAAUGUCACAGGCUGUUAGUAAUGAAUUCAGCUCUUUAGGUGGUAGUGGUUCAGCUGAUGGUGCUUGUCACGCCGAUGAUUUGGACUGUUAUAGUAUGCAAGAUCGUUUAGGUAUGGAAGCUAUACGUUCAUUACAUCGUCAAUUAGAUGAUGAUGACAAUGGCAAUAUCGAUUUAAGUGAAUCUGAUGAUUUUCUACGCGAAGAGUUAAAAUAUGAUUCGGGUUACGAGAAACGACAAAAAGCCUUUCACUACAAUGACGAUAUGCAUAUAUCGGUUAAGGAGCUUUGGGAAGCUUGGCUACGAUCAGAGGUUCAUAACUGGACCAUUGAACAAACCACAGAUUGGUUGGCUCAGUCCGUGCAAUUACCCCAAUACGUUGACCUAUUUAAAGUACACAAAGUUGCAGGAGCCACAUUACCACGAUUAGCUGUGAAUAAUAUGCAAUAUGUUGGAACUGUUUUGGGCAUUAAAGAUCCUAUACAUAAACAAAAAAUUGCUCUAAAGGCUAUGGAUGUGGUAUUAUUUGGACCACCAAGAGAGACUGGUACUCGCUGGAAAGAUUAUAUAUUGGUAACGCUUUUGUUAAGUGCAAUUAUUGGCUGCUGGUAUGCUUAUCAACAAAAUAAAAAUGCCAAACGGCACUUGCGUCGAAUGGCUCAAGAUAUGGAAGGCUUACAGAAAGCUGAACAAAGUCUGCAAGAAAUGCAAAAAGAGCUGGAACGCGCACGCAUGGAGCAGGAAAGCGUGACGACUCAGAAAAUGGAUUUAGAACGGCGUUUACGUGAGGUUCCUUCGCUUGCCUCUUCCAAUUCAGAUUUGGAAGUACAACAAUUAAAAAAAGAAAUAGAAAUGCUGCGCUCUGAAUUGUCUCGCGCGGAAAUUGAAUUGGUAGACAAUUGCUGGGCUCCACCUCCGCAACUGCAAUCAUGGCUUCAAUAUACUUAUGAAUUAGAGAGUAAAAAUCAUCUUAAGAAACGUGUGGCAGCUGAAAAACAGUUACAAUCGGCUCGUGAAGCGUGCGAGAAGCUACGUAAGAAACGUUCGAGCCUUGUGGGUGCAUUUGUAUCUACUCAUGGUAAAAGUAUAGAUGAUGUGGACCGUUCUAUCGUGGAAGCGCGUAAUUCAUUAGGCGAAGUGACCAAUGAAUUGCAAGAACGGUUGCAUCGUUGGAAACAAAUUGAACAAUGCUUGGGUAUGACUAUUGUCAGUAAUAAUGGUUUAACAUAUUUAGAAAGUGUACUUUACGGCCGUAAUAAUGGCGUUGGUUCAGGUGGCUCUGCUUCUUUAAAGAGCUCAAGAGGUCGCAUGACCAGUAGCUCAGAUGAUCUUGACGAUGAAUCUGUUCAAGGUUUUAUAGAUGGAUACAAUCGCUCUUCAGGUUUAUCAAACAGUACUAUAAUUAACAACAGUUCAGUGAAUGCGCUGCGCGAUGAUUCGUCGGGCAGCGAAGAUGGUAGUCCCGAUAGGCAAUCUGUGCAAUUCUACUUGGGUAAUAAUCCACCGACACCAAUUGCAAAUACAAAUGCGAUAUCUCCUUGCCCUGCUGGGAUAGCAUCACGCAAUCUCUUAUCAUCAGCAAUAACGGCACCAGCGCCUAUCGAAAAUCAUUUAACGUGCAAUAGUACUCAUGCAGCUGCGACUUUAAACUCAAAUUCGAUGACUUCCACGACAAAUAAUUGCAAUUCAAUUCAAGCUUUCAAUGACAGUGCUUUGGUUGGCGAUGAUGGCAGUCGUCACAGUCCGUCUGCAUCUUCAGAGCGGUCUAUAACUGUACCACCGCGUAAUAAAAAACAAACUUCAGCUACAUCUAUUUCAUCUGUUCCAUCCACUACUAGUAGUCCAUUUGUUCAUCCACCGCCACCACUACCACCCAGUGGUCCAAUUGGCCGUGCACCUCUUCCACCACCGCGUAAAGCAAAUCAAAGCAACCCUUUGUUAAGAUCACAAAGUUCUGAAUUGAUGAAUAAAGAUUUGUAUGCUUUGAUGACAAAAGCGCAACAGCCGCAAUUAUUGCAUCAGUCUUUGACGAAAAUCAAUGGAAAUAUUAUUACAUUGGCUCCGCCAAAAUGCAAAAAAAUGAUGAUGAUCAAACAGCACAGUACCGCCAGUCAACAAUCUACCUCUUCGACAUCGUCAUCAGUGCAUUCGGCUCCCGAUUUAACCAAGGGACAAUCACCUACACGAAUUUCAACAACCUCUUUGGAAAAAGUUAUCUUGCCCAACGCCUCCGCUAUCAACAACACUAUCUCUCAGACAUAUCAUCAUCAGCAGCACCAGCCAUUUAGUAGCCUUGGGCAACCGCCAACUAGUUUCCUUUGCCAUCAAAUACUGGACAAUGAAGCGUUUGAUAUAUGUUCGAGCUUAAACAAUGGAAAUUUAGAAUAUAUUGAAUCAGCUACUAAUGUAUCUCCUUUCAUUGAAGGUCAACUACAUAACAGUAGCCAAUUGAAUACGACAAACAAAACUGAAGGGGGUUCUGAUUCGAGAGAAGGCAACAACAGGUUGAUUGUGAAAAAACGUAAAAAGCGCUUACGUUUUGGUUUCGGUAGUAAAAAAUCCCAAAAUCAGGAAAGUAAAAUAAAAAAAGAAAAGUGAAUGUUAAUAGAAAGAAUUACCUAAAAGCCACCGUAAAAAAAAGAAAACAAAACAAAAAAAAAAUCAAAAACAUCCUCGCAAUCGAUAUGAAAAUACGUUAAAAGAAAUAAACUUUUUAAGGGUCUUCCAAGAAUUUAUUAAACCUUGAAAUUUGACAAAGUAGUAUAUGGCUUAUAUAUAGACUUGGAUUAUAAUAUGCAAAGUCUUCCCAAGUUUUAGUUAUUAAUGAAUUGAUCGUAUAACACUAUUAAUGCCUAAACUAUGUUUUUAUGAUAAAUUACUGAAUAUGUCAGUAUAAAAAACUGCACGUUAUAUAUCAAGUAUUUUUUUCCAUUUUAUAUUAUUUAUGUCCACUUAGGGUAGGCGCGUCUUCUUCUUUGAUAAUGCCGAAAUACAUUGUUUGUAACUAGAACUAGAACUACGGAGCUAUAAAUUUGGUGAUGAUCUUUAGCAAAAAAAUUCAACUAUUGCCUACUUUUAGACAAUAAAAAAAUGUAAAAAAAAGUUGUCUACUUUUAGGAGGAAAAUAUGACAAUACUAUAUUAAGUAAGCAAUAAAUGUAUGAAAACAAGUUAGAGAAUUUUAAGGUAUAUUACUUGAACCUUGCUAAAAGAUCUUGAUUUAUUGAGAGGAAAAUUUUUUUAAUAGAUUUCAAAUUGUAGGAAUGGAAAGGUCGGAACUUAUGAAGGGUCAUGCUACUAAAAAUUCUCAUAAUUAAUGUUUCAAGCUUUUAGUUGGUUUUAAUGAUAAACUAAAAGCUCUUUUUUGAGCUUUCAGUAAACUGAAAAAUUAAGCUAGUUCUUUUAUAUUAAUAAAAGUAAUUAGAGUAAAGAAAUUACAUAAAUGAAAAGCUUUCAAAUACCGACUGAAAGUUGCUCGUUUUCGCUGCCCUGCUUUGAUUUUUAAUAUAUAUUCAUAAAAGGAAUUGCGAUACGGAGAUGUCAUGAGUUGCAAGCAUGUUUGACACGGGAUACUGUUUGUUGUAUUGUUUAUGAUCAUCGUCACUAUUACAAAAGUUGGCGUUGUAUAUUUCAUACAAACAUUUUUAUACACCAGAAGGUUUAUUUUGAAAAUCUCUCUUCCCUCUUUAUUAAAUAAAAUGUACUGAUUUAAGCUAAAGAUACUAUAUCCCAACUUAUAUGAUCCUACCAUAUCUUUGGCUCAGAAUUCUAUAUUUAGAAAAAGUCAAAAGAAAAUGAUUUAAUAAUAAAAAGUGAGUUCCAUCAUUUUAUACACAGUUAUUGUUACAUAGAUAUACUUUUAAGCGUUUUUGGAUGAAAUUUA